UAAACUUCAACAAAAUGGUCCAGAAACAUCGUUCAGCUGCCAAAGCCACCACAGCCAAGGAUGUGAGCCCAAUGCGCAAUAUGGCCGUCAAUAAGCAAGCGAUCGCCUCGAGUCCCGCCAACAGUACAGCACAGUGCUCGAAUGGACGCCUGAGCGUGCCUCCAGCUACAACAAGCAAUUGUUGCAAUGCCGACAAAUGGAAAUACAAUAACAUGGUGAAUAAUCAACGCGCACAGUUCAAUAGUUUGCAUUUCUGCUAAGCAGCGCCAGUGGCCAUCACAGGCAGGCUGGGCAGUUGGUGGUUGCAGCAAAGCAAAUGCAAUUAUUCGGGCAUUUUAAAAAACAAAAUAAUCAUCCUGGAGCUGCAGCAGUUAGUUGGGUAACACAGCUCGCUUUCUGGUGGGUCAAAGGCAUACAUACAUACAUACAUGUAUAUAAACAUAUAUAUCUAGGCGUAGUAAUCAUGCAAAAAACUUAUUCACGUUGUAUUUUAGCAGUUUAUAGUUUAUAAAAUAAAUUAUAAAAAUUGUAUGCUUGAAACUGGAAAAGAUUUUAUAAUCAUAUGCAUACAACCAGUUAUAUUGCUUAUGUGUCGCCAACAUUCCGCUAAGAAGCUCUUUUACGUAUAAUAGAUGCCAAGCUCAUUUACAUUUAACAGAAAUAGCUAAGCUAUCUGCUACUUUGCUAAAAAUGGAGUGAAUUGGCUACAGAAAUGUGUCGCCAAAUGUGAUUACAAGCUUUGGAUU